UCCUUGAUCUGAGGAAUAGGAGAAGAUCCGUCUAGCUGCAGGAUCCACGACUUGAGAAUGAGCAGAUUAAUCAUCAGCCCCUUCCGUUCAGAGUAGCCUUAGAGACGGGCACGUUUCUAGAAAGACCUGUUCCAAGCAUUCCGCAUAAAUGACUCGAGUGAGCUCCCCUAAUAGGAACUUGCGAAAUACAGCCUCGUAGCCGCCUGCUACACACAUGCAGUAACAGUACCAGUUUAGAGCGGAUUUGCUGCAAAUUGCUGAACAGUUUAAUCACAGUUUGUGAUACAGGACGGCGUGCAAAUGAUCUUCCUGGGAAAUCUCAUCCAGUUCAUCAGUGCAACUUAUUUUGUCAUUGGAAACCACAUGAUAUCGGAACCCGGGACAUUGCUCAGGUGCUGUGGACAGGAGGCCUAUAAUGUGGACCGGCAGUUGUGCUGUGGACGUCUGCGCAGUGAGAAGAUCCUUAAGAAGGAACACAAGGACAGCGUUUGCUGUGGAGACGUCCAGUACAACCCACAGACACAGCGCUGCUGCGGAGAUCCUCCUGAAAUAAAUGAACUCUCAGUUUCCUGUGAGACGGACUGUAAACAGGUUUUGACCCAAGAGCCCACAGGAAACAACAUGAUCCCGGAACCCCGGACAUUGUACAAGUGCUGUGGACAGGAGACCUAUAAUGAGGACCGGCGGUUGUGCUGUGGACGUCUGGGCAGUGAGAAGAUCCUUAUGAAGGAACACAAGGACAGCAUUUGCUGUGGAGACGUCCAGUACAACCCACAGACACAGCGCUGCUGCGGAGAUCCUCCUGAAAUAAAUGACCUCUCAAUUUCCUGUGAGACGGACUGUAAACAGGUUUUGACCCAAGAGCCUACAGCAAACAACAGGAUGUCGGGACCCCGGACAUUGUCCAAGUGCUGUGGACAGGAGGCCUAUAAUGUGGACCGGCAGUUGUGCUGUGGAAGUCUGCGCAAUGUGACGAUCCUUAUAAAGGAACAGAAGGGCAGCAUUUGCUGUGGAGACGUCCAGUACAACCCAGAGAAACAGGGCUGCUGUGGAGAUCCUCCUAAAAUAAAGGAACUCUCAGUUCCCUAUGAAACAGACUCAGAACAGGGUUUGACCCAAGAGCCCACAGUAAACAACAUGAUCCCGACACCCGGGACAUUGUCGAAGUGCUGUGGACUGGAGGCCUAUAAUGUGUACCGGCAGUUGUGCUGUGGAAGUCUGAGCAGUCAGAAGAUCCUUAUGAAGGAACACAAGGACAGCGUCUGCUGUGGAGACGUCCAGUACAACCCACAGAAACAGUGCUGUUGCGGGGAUCCUCCUAAAAUAAAUGAACUCUCAGUUUCCUAUGAGACCCAAGGGCCCACAGCAAACCACAUGGUGUCGGAACCCGGAACAUUGUCUAAGUACUGUGGACAGGAGGCCUAUAAUGAGGACCGGCAGUUGUGCUGUGGAAGUCUGCACAAUGCGAAGAUCCUUAUGAAGGAACAGAAGGAAAGCCUUUGCUGUGGAGACGUCCAGUACAACCCAGAGACACAGGGCUGCUGUGGAGAUCCUCCUGAAAUAAAAGACCUCUUAGAUUAACUGUGAGACGGACUGAAAACAGGGUUCGACCCGUCUCCUUCAACCCACUGCUCUUUUGAACAUAGCACCUUUUCAAUCAAGGAAAAAAAUAUUUGCUUUGACUAGCACUAUCUAACUGUUUGUAAUUGUGUCAAACUUGAAGAUCCUUUAUUUCCUUGAAAAAGAUUGCUUAUUUUGUCUUAUCUAAGUUGUUAAUUUUCUCUGCAAACGGGAAAUAUUUUUGAAUGUAGAACAGUGCAAAUGUAGAAGCGAAUAUGCCCAAAUAUACCUGCCCCUUUACAUUU